CUUAGAGACAUCAACUCAGCCUGGCUGCUCUGAAUUCAACUACUGAAAGGUAUGUUCACACCUAAAACAGAUAUUUUCUGUCAUCAUCACUCUGCAUCUUUGUGUGUGGAAGUAAAUCUUUAAACUAAACGUCUAUUCCUGACCAAUCUUGUAAGUUUUUGCAAUAUUUUAUUGCUUUCUUUCUUGUGUAUUAAGAAUUUUUUUACCUCUUGGGUACUCCAUGCUGGUGCAGGUGGAAACUGAAUUUUCUUAUCUGUCAACUUUCUUUCGUAUUCUCACCCGGCUAAUUACAGUUUUGAUAAUUUGGAUGUCUUAAAAUGCGAGUUUUUAUCAGUUAAUGUAUUGUAAAUUGACAAUAACGUGCCAGAUCCCAAAAACUGGAACUUUUUGUCACAGUGGACGUGUAUAUUUGUGUAUAUUUGUGUAUGUUUGUGCAAAAAUAUGGAGGCAUGUCUCCUGUAUGUUCGUGUAUUUCAUUUUAUAUUCAAUUAUUUUUAAUCUGAGGUACCUUUAAAUGUAUAAUCAUGUUUCAUGAAAAUUUUGGUUGCUUAAGAAAGGCUUUAGAAAAAAAAACUUUUCUGUGUAAAAGAAUUGAAAGCAGUAAUAUGUAUUUAAAAUGUUUUUAAUCUUAUAUUUGGAUUUUUUGUAAAAUCUAACAUCCAGUCAAUGGUUGUGGUGCUUCUAAGAAUGAAUUAUGCCUCUAUUGCUUUCCUUUUUCUCUAACAUGCAAUUUUCAAACUGUUUCAUACUUUUUAAAACAGGUUUAGAAACUUUAUCAAAUUUGUUUAUUUGCAUUUUGUAUAUAUGUCCUCUAAAUAUGAAGCCCUGUAUUAUGAAAACAGAAUGUGAACUACUGAAUUUUCUUUUUUUUCAAACAUAUCUACGGUGUUGUAAUCUUCGUCUCAUUUAUUGCUGACUGUUUUCUUUUAGUACCUGAGCUGUGAUGCCUGAAUCUCCUCCAGCCGCCCGUCAGACCCCGGCCAGCAGCCUCCUCAGUCACACGGAUAAUGGUGCAGGAGAGGGAGCAGCUAAUGGGGACCCCUGCAGCGGUAUGAAUGGAGACAACUGGCAGAGUCUCCACCAUAAACAGGUAUAUCCUUAUCCUCAACUUCCCUCUCAGCCUCAUCUCCUCCCCUGGGUCUCCUCCUCUUCAUAAGCGGAAAAAAAAAAGAUAACAGUGUCAAACAAUCAGAUGUCAAGGGGAAUACAGCACAUGGGCUCCAUAUUGGACAUCCUCUGACACUUGACCAAACCUGUGGCCUGUAGCUUUGUUGACAGUGAGGAGAUUUUUUAUGAGUUGUGAUCUGAGGGGGUUGAUUCAGAGAGCUCUAUUUGUUCUUCAGUAUUAGUUUGUUGGACAAAACCAAGGAGGACCAGAUCUGCACCAAACACGCAAGUGAAAGACAAAGAUGCAUGAGCCUAAAAUUACGUGUACUUAUUUGCUUAUUUCAACUUUACUUUGCUCUUUAUUCACUUUAUAAUCCAGUUAAACAGAACUUUGAGCUGUAUUUGAGUUUUCAUGUAGAUUUUUGUAGAUAUAACAAAAACAUAGAAAGUAUGGAAAAUGGCAAUGUCAUAACACCGCUGUAGAAAUGUUUUCUGUCUGCUGGGGUGUGAUUUCACUCUUAAAAACACAUUAAGAGGUAGUGAUAUGAGAGAUUUUCAACCUGCAAAGUCUAAAACUGUGACGAAGGAGGACAAUAUGGAAGGAAAAGGGAUCUCUGUUAUAAAAUAAGAAAGGAGCCCACAUCUUUAACACACUUCUUUUCUCACUGCAGCGUCUAUUUCACAAACUGUAAAUGAUGACUGAGUGAUCUGAGGAGCAGGAUAAUAAAAGCUGCUGCAUAUCAGCGUUUUCUUCAAAAAUGAAGUGACAAAGAUGAAAAAGUAUCCGGACUGGUUUUGCUUUCAAUUCAAAACAUUCUGCUGUUUUUUUUUCCUGAAUAGACAUAAAAAAUCUGAUUUUUUAAUCUAAUUUAGUUUGGUUCUGUUUAUCUCAUCAAUAUAAUUCAUUUCUGUCCCACUACAUGUCGAUAUUUUUCUUCUGUGCAUAAAAAUAUUUGUGCUAUAAAUAUAAAUAGGUAUAAAUAAGAAAAGUGAAACACCCUAAAAUUUGUUUUUUGCUGAUCAGAUCUAUCAAAUCUGUCAAUCAACUCCCUUAAAAAACAAAUUCUUGAUCUUAUUUUGCAGUUGUUAGAUUUCCAAAACACAGAGGGUAUCAUCUCAAAGGACCACCAACAAAAAUGACAAAUUUGAGGUUCUUUAUGAGUUCUUGUUUCAUUUCAUCCUGCAGUCGUCUGAGAUAUUACUUCAAUAUAGACGAGACAGCCUUCACUGGAGGGUCAGGUCUCAGCAGCUAAUGUUUGAUCAGCGGAGAAUUAGACAUUUGAAAAAGUCCCAAACACUAUUUCACCUCAAUAAUCUGUUUUCAGUAAGCGUCUGGUAAUUCUUAAAUGUUGUUCGUAAGACGGCAUGUUGAGUUUGUAAGUGGCUUUUGUUGUUUCUUAAUGCAGUCAUGGUAAUUGGUGUUUCCUCUGCUCCAGACUAAAGGGACAAUCACUCUGUUAUCCGUCACUCAGACCAGUCUCUGUGCAGAUUAGUUAUUAUUCUCUGAGUGUUUGCCUUUAUUAAUAACCGUACACUUCUAUUAGGAGUCACAACAAGCAUGUAAUUGUGUUGCUAAUUAACUGGUCAGCCUAUCGCCCAUCUCAUUAAGGGUCAAUGACACAAUCCAGCGUGAUGUUGUUCACAAAGGGAGGACUGUGCUGUUUUGUAAUUGGAUUGGAGAGAUCUCCUAUCCUGAUCUUACAGCUGUUAAGUACCUGACUCUUCUCUUCUGUUUCAUCACUUCAUCCUUCGUUCUUCUCUCUGUAGAUUCCUGCUCUUUGUUAUUUCACUCUCCCUCUUCUGUUUUAGGUGUUUCUGGCUAUGAUGGCUCCUCAGCAGAUGCAGCAGCUUCUGUCUCCUAAUCAGCUACAGGCUCUGAUUCAACAGAAGCAACAAGCCUUCGUGCUUCAGCAGGUAACUAUGAAAUAAAAAUUAGCAUGAAUAAUAUAACUGCAUAAUAAUACCAUAUAUCUUUGUUCGCUUACAUUUUUCUAUUUAAGGUUAAACUAGGUCCUUAUAGUUUAGACAAAAACUGAAACAAAAGUAUGUAAAGAAGUGAAUACAGUUUGGUUUUGUAGUUAGCUAGGUAGUUUCAGAUCAAAAUUUAAUUGUGUAAUGGUACCAGGAUAGUAGACUAAAACUCAUCCAAGCUCUAACCCUCCUCCUGUGUUAGGGUCUGCACCAACCCAUUGCUGUUUUUAAAUGCUUAAAAGAACCACUUAAAUUAGCUUUUUUGCAUCAAUAGUUUUUUUCAUCAACAAAAUAAAAAUAAAAAUUAAAUUGACUAAAUUAUAAAAUGCUCUUGUUAAAAUUAUGGCACUUGUCAGGUUAGGGUCGCUGUUGACCCAGUUAGAUCAAUAUCUAAUGAUUAAAGCAAAAACUAAAACCAUAUGUGCACUAUCAGUCAGAUCCUCUUUCAAUCAUGUAAGAUUUAGCGAAUUCUCAUUUUUCUCAUGUUUUUCCCUGCACAAAAAACGACAGGCAUGUCCAGACAUGUGAGAUCAAUUCAGUGUAGAUGUCUGUGUGAGGGGUAUACUGACAAAGAAAGGCCCAGAAUCCAACAACAAAAAAUAUUAUAAGCAAUAUUUUCAUGGAUAAUGAAGCCUAACAAGUUAACCUAGAGAUGAGAACCAAAUUGGAUAAUAGAGAAUUGUUUUGAGUGUAAUUUACAGCUGAUUUAAGACACGGGUCAAAACCGACCCUUAAUAUAGUGGGUGUGUAGUAAAAGCUAACACAGGACGAAGGUUAAUUGUGUCUGUUUAGCAUUUUCAAUUGAUUAUAUGAUGCAAAUAUUUCACUUUUUCUCCUAUCAAUUUUCAUAUCUGUUAGCUAGCUACCCAACCAGCUAGCUAGUAGCUCUAGCCUUCAAUUACUGUAGCUUGUAACUUUUCUGCAAAGUGAAGUUGAUCCAUUAGCAGGUCAAUGUGUACCACCAGGGUACUAUGGGAAACAAAACAGCUUAGACAUGUUAGACAUGAAAGGACACAGACAUUUCCUUCAUGCUGAGAUAAUAACUUGUUGAUUAUUAGGCCUCUGUAAACUAGUCUGCUUAGGCAAAAACACAAACUAAAAACAUACCUUAAUACAGUAUAAUACUUCUUCUUCUUCAGAGGAAUUAUUUUAGCUUCAAUUCAUUUUGUUAUUCAAGUGUUCAACCUAACUUGUGUAAGGUUUAACUCUGCUUCACAAUAAUGUUGUCUAUGUGUUCAUAUUUGUAAAAUUGUCCCAUUUUUAAAUGCAUAUCACAGGGAUGCUGUACCAUCUACCUCGGAUUUUCACAGUUGUGGUACAUGUCAAAAUAGACAUUACUUAUUAGACCUUUCUAUAUACAAAGACCUAAACCUUUAAUUACUCAUCAUACUUUUUAUCUUUUGAAUUUGUAUUUCAUUAAACGUGAUAAUGAAUUAUCUUAAAUUCUGUGUUUGAUAACUCAAAUGUCAUAAUAUUUGAAGCAGCAUCUAAAGGAGUUUUACAAGAAGCAACAACAACAGAUUCACCUGCAGCUGCUUCAACAUCAGCCCAGCAAGAAGAUCAGAGAGGUCAGCAGAUUUUGUGUCUCUUUUUUGAUUUUUAUAGAUUUUAUCCUGGUUAGUUUGAUCAUUUUGUACUUUAGUUUAUCCAUUUUACGGUAAAAUACUCUUGGGUGUGAUAACUGCAGAUUUCUUUACGUCAGUACUAAAAUGCUUUCAUUUUUGUGACAACUACAGGUAGAAAAAAAGGUGAAUAGCGCGUCUUUUGAUAAGUCUUUCAGUAAUAUUUUUCACUAUUCCUCUCUCUCCACUCUGCAGCUCCCUGCACAGCAGCUCGUGUUUCAGCAGCUCCUGCAGCUCCAGCAGCAGCAGCAGCAGCUUCUUCGAGCGCAGAGACCUGCCCUGUCCUCACCUGCCCUUUCUCCAGGUCACCCUGAUUAACAUUUUACACAAAAGUUUACAUGUUUUAGUCUGGCACACUUUUGCAGCACCUUUCGUAGGCAGUGUUGAUAUCAGCCAUUUGAUAUGCCGUGAAUUUUAUGUUAUAUUGGUGUUUAAAUGUUUAAUUUUGGACGAUUAGUUUUACUAUGAGAAGUUGUCUGAUCUCACAAAAGACUAAACAAAAGUCCUUUAGCUGAUUGCAAACACGUCAGCUGUUUGUCAUGUCUUUUUUGUUAAUUGUUUAAGAGAAUUUACAGCAUAUUCUGUGUAUAUAUUAAGGUAUUAAUAAAGAAUAAGACAAAGCUCUUUGUGGCCUUUUAAAAACACUCAAAAUCUGAAGUUAGUGUGUUUUUAAUGUUUAAGGUGCAUUUAAUCCUGCAGAGAUGCAGCAGCUGUGGAAAGAGCUCACCAGUGAGAUAACUGAAGAGAGACCCUCAUCGAAGGUCAAUCAGGACUCUUCUGACAACAACAUCAUGUCAACAAAAGUCACAGCGAAAGUGAAGACGGACCAGCAGCAGACUUCUCCUCCUCUCAGGGCAGAAAGGUACGAUACGUCUGUUUGUGCUUUUAACGUGAGAGCUCAGAUGAUACUUGUUUGUCGUAAACAUCAAAGAUCUGUCAUCUGUAGACGUUUUCUUAUUCUCGAGCUGCGGGCGUGGAGGUGUUUGUUCUUGUGGCGAGACUUCACUUUUAAUUCCCCUCGGGACGACACAUUUUUUCCUUGUUUGUUAGCUUUGUGUUUCGCCACCUGAAGUGCUUCAGCAAAAGAAAAAGUUUACUCGACUUCAUGUCCCGAAUCAAAAGUAAAUAGUUCUCCAUUUAUUCUUCAGUGAUCCCGUCCACCUCUCUCUGUCAUUCUCUGCUGCCUGUACAGCAAACAAAAAGAUAAUGUGUGUUUAUGACUUUGUUUUUGUUGUUGUUGUUAUCUGAGUGCUGUUUUUUUAUCUUAAUAAUACCACUAUUCUUCUUUUUAUGCUCCUCCAGCUCUGUAAAAGCUCAGCGCACAGCUACACACGCUCUCUACACUCACAGUGUGUGUAAUUGGCCCGGAUGUGAGUGGAUGUGUGAAAACCUCAGCCAGUUCAUCAGGUAAGAUUUUCCUUCAGUCCUAAUGCAUUCCACUUUCUGAUUCCACGCAGCUUCUCUUAUGUAAUUAUAGCCUCAAUGUUAUUUUUUUAAUAUGACAAGAAAAAGUAUCUGUCAUAUUGAAACUGAAAGUACAAAUAAAUAGUCUAAAAAGUUAAACAAGUACUGUCAAACUUAAAAGUGAUGCAUUCAUCUAGUGCAUGCAAUGACAGCUUAUGCAUGUUUGCUGUAUGUAUGUAUUUUAAAGUGUAGAAUAUACACAGCUGAUGCAGUACCAAAUGUCUAUUUAAAUUAAAAUCUAUUUGUAUGGCACUUUUCAGACAAAAAAAUUGUAGUUCAAAAUGCCUCACAGAGGCUAAAACAACAAUUAAACAACAAUAAAACCCAACCCUCCCACCCACACAACCACCCAAGGACCCACACUCACACAGACACUCACCCACACAUACACGCAGACACACACACAUGCGCACAUAGAGUGAGAAUUUAAGAUAAAUUGUUUAAGAGACAUGGCCUGACACCGAGGCAUUGCGUGAGGAAAGAGCUACCUUUAGGAAACACUGGAGAUAAAAGAUAAAAAAAGAUUAAAAUAAAUAAAAAAUAAAAUAAAAUAAAAUAAAUAAAUAAUAAUAAUAAUAAAUAAAUAAAUAAAUAAAGGUAAAAAGAAAGACUAAAACCUGAUGGACGAAAAUAAGAAAAUAAAAUAAAAUGAACAAAAAAGUAAGAGCUCUUUACCAUAUAAAAGGAGAAGUAAAAACCUCGAAGGCAGGAGUUAAGAAAAAUACUAAGAACAGAGAUAAUUAAUUACAUUACACAAAAGAAACAUUAAGAACUUUGAUUAAAAUGAAAAUUUGCCAUAAGAGAAUUAUGAAAAGGCCAUCAGUGAAGAGCCUGGUGAAAAAGGUGAGUCUUGAGCCUCUUCUUAAAAACAUCAACAUUAAACUUUCAAUGGAAAUUCUUCUAAAGAAGAAACUUCACAUUCUUUACAGAGAAAAAAGGUGUGUUCAUAGGUAUGGAUAUUAACUUAAAAGCAUCUGCAUAAAUCCAAUAUGGUGAAUAAUGAAUGCUGUGAUUUAAAGUUGAUUGGAGCUGCAAAAACUCAGAGCGACUGAGAGUCUUUAUUUACAAUUUCAAAGAUAGAUUUCUAGUGUAAUAUAUCUCUCCUGACCUUGUGUGUGUAUGUUUGUUUCAGGCACUUAAGCAGUGAGCAUGCUCUGGAUGACAGGAGUACAGCGCAGUGCAGAGUCCAGAUGCAAGUAGUUCAGCAACUUGAGCUUCAGGUAUGCAAGACUUAUGUAUAGACACGACUGCUGGUGUUGAGUUUGCUUUGUACGAGGUGGAUUUUCCAUGAUGUUUGUCAUUUGCAAUUCACCAAAAUAUCUUCCUCCUCCAAACUGUUAAUAUUCAUGUAGCCUUCCUCCUAAUUUCUGACACUGCAGAGAGUUAUUCCCUGCAAUGUUUGUUUGGUUCACAGCUUUCUCUUUCAGUGAUAUUUGUUCAUUGUCCUUGGCCUUUCAUCUGCUCCAACAGCUCUGCAAAGAACGGGAUCGUCUGCGAGCGAUGAUGGCUCACCUUCAUCUUCCGUCUCUAGAAGCUCAGUCAGCCUCUGCACCCGCGAGUCUGCAGUCACCCCAAUGUGAUACAGCCGCUGACCUGCAUGAUUUACAGGUAGAUAAUAUUCAGAAGUGGCUCUGAGAGCAACAAAGACAAAGUAAGUGAUCUGCAAACUGAGUCGCAUGUUGGAGAAGUGAGGACAACUCAAGUGAUGUGGUGGCAGAGAGUGGAGAUGCAAUCAUAUCAUCUUUGAAACUGUUGGAGGUUUGGCAGUCUGUAAAUGAUCUGGAGAAGUGCUAAAAGUGCAAAGAUUUAAAAGAUAUCAUGUAAGGGCAGAAACAAAGGUUGUAAAUAUCCGACCCUGCUCUCACAAACUGUGUCACACCUGAUCUUCAAAUGAAUUUCUUAAAAACUUUCACUUUCUGCUCUUUUUGACCCUAACUUUGAAAUGAGUGUUUCUCGCUGAAUGCUCUUCCUCUCCUUUUCUUUUGUUGCCCAGCUGUUGGCACCAGAUGGCCGCCUCAGUAUUUUCAGACAGCAGACAUGCUCUUGAUAAUGUGGAAGCUAAUCAUUUGUUAAUCUUGCAAAUAUCGCUCCAUAAUCACAACACUCGCCGAACAAUUUCACCCUUUAAUUAGCAAUAAUUGGCUUCACUCUUCUGUUGUUAUUAGCGGGAUCACCUCUGAAGAGGCGAAUCCAAUCGCUCUGUUACACUCCCCCUCUUCUGUUUUGUCUCUCUGUCGGUCUUUUCACUCCGCUUGUUUCUUUGUUAACUUCAAUUGUCUGCUCGUCUCACUCCCAGCUCAGCUCAAAGUCAGUCGCCAACAACGUGUCCUCGCUGAGCCCAUCAGACUCUUCGCAGGUGUCCCCUCAACCUCUGGGGUCUGUCGGCACUCAGGGGAGUGAGGAAGAGUCCCCCACUCAGACACCAUGUCCCGGGGCCAUGAGACGUCGUCAUCACCCUCUGGUUUACUUGCUUUCUUCGGGUAAAACUUGAACUUAAGUUUUAACUUCAGCAGCAAGUCGAGCACUCGCUUUCUUAUAACUUCUGCUUUUUUUGUUGUGUUUCAGAGAAUGAAUUUGAGCUCUACAGGAACACCGAUAUCAGACCCCCUUUCACCUAUGCAACCCUAAUAAGACAGGUAGAGUGAGACGAAGAUUCCUCUGGUAUAUAAACAUCAUUUAUGCAUCUGAGAUUUAAUAUUUAUCCAGUCAAACAUCCAGAAGUUUUUGUCUUUUGUCUUGUGAGUGUAUUUCGUUCAGUCAAACUUCAAAGAUAGCAUGAAAAUUUUAGAUAUUUUCUUUUUUCAGUCAGCUUUUCUUGUUGAGUAAAUAAUGAUAGAAAAUACUUAAAUGUCGGUCACUCUUUACCAAAGCCACAAUUGGUGUCCUCAAAUAUAAUCUCAAGUAUUAUUUUUCUUGUCCACAACUGGAAGAUAUUCAAUUUAAUAUAAACCAGAAGAUAAAAAAGAAAUGAAUUUAUCACACUUGAGACAUUAAAAGAAUAUAAUUUGGAUAUUUCCUUUAAAUAAUACUUAAAAAAAUAACUUCUGAUCAUAAUAGACGCUAACUAAUUAAGUGGUAAUUUAUGUAUAUCUGUUAAUAUUGUAUAACCAUGUGAUCUUGUUUUGAUCCUAUGUCUACAUUUGGGUGAUAAUAACACUAAACUAGUUUUUAUUCAUUUAUUGAUUUAUUUUUAAACUUAGAAAUAAUAAUAGUAAUAAUAUUUUGUGGAGUCUUUCAGUUUUCUUUGGUAGGAAAAUGAACUUUUUUUCAGAAGUAUUGAUGGUUAUUUAAAAAAAUAUCUAAAACGGGUUAUAACCUUUGUAGCAUGUUUUUUUCUUUAUUCAUUUUUUAAAUUAAACUAAAAGUUAUUAAUGAAAAUAACUCCUGUAUUGUUUAAGUAUAAUGAUCACCAAGUUAUUCCCCCCUAAAAGUAACAUAACCUGUACCAAAAUGUUGAUUUUCUGACAAAUUAGUUUUAAAAUCUGUUAUUUUCUGUUCGUGGUUUGAACAGGAUUUGAAAAGUCAGGGUUUCAACUGGAUCUUGUUUAUACACCUCAUUGUUUCCCUCUUCAUCCUCAGGCCAUUAUGGAGACAUCAGACAUGCAGCUUACACUCAACGAGAUAUACAACUGGUUCACACGGACGUUCGCUUAUUUCCGAAGAAACGCUGCCACAUGGAAGGUAUCACGCUCUUACAGAUAAUUACCUCCCUGAUCCCCGUGUGUGUCGUACCUGAUUUAUGCAGCAUGUUCCCGGUAAUGAUCCUCUUCACUCUGAUUUUCUCUGGAUCAGAACGCAGUGAGACACAACCUGAGCCUGCACAAGUGUUUUGUGCGCGUGGAGAACGUGAAAGGCGCCGUGUGGACGGUGGAUGAGGUUGAAUACCAAAGGAGGAGAUCCCAGAAGAUCACAGGGUAGAGUGCAGAAGAUCACUUUGUUUAUCAUGGCACUUCAAUAAGGGCAUCUGUAAAGAUUUCAAAACACAGACGAUUGCAGUAUUUCUCAAACUCAUUCAAAACAAUCUUUAAAGGUUUCAACAUCUGCCUCUUCUCGAAUUUGACAUGAAUCCAUAAACCAAUAUUUAGAUAUGAUGAGAAUGAGCACUUGAAAAUCAUCGGCAUUUUGAGGUAUUUGAGACAACAUGGUGGAAACUGAUGUUGAAAAAGGAAAAAACAAAAUAAUCAGAAAAAAAUCUUAUUUUCUCACGAGUGACUUCAGCAGAGCAGCCAUAGUAUCAUUUUAUAGUAAAAAAAAAGAAAAGUUAAUAACACAGUGUAAGGGAUUUUCAUGUUCAGACUGAAGCAGACACACAGGUGAGUCUGUGAGUUUUAUACUGAGUAAAUCCAAAGGUACUUAAUUUAGCUAUUCAGCAGAAAAUAAGUCAAUGUUUGUACACUUCUCACUGUCGCAGAUUAACCUGCUCCUAAUAAUCUAACAUAAUCAUCUCAGGGAUCAUGAAGCAAUAAAGAGAUUUACAUUUUUAUUUACAUGGUUUCAUUCAGAAAAAAAAAAUCCUUUUUUUUGUUUAUGGAUGUAACAUUUGAUAUAUCUAUUUUAUGUAUUUUUAUUUGUAUAUUUUAGUGUUUUGUGACCCCACAGAGGGUACUAACCCUGACUUUGCGAAACACUGUCUUAAUAUACCCGAACAGCUGAAGCAUCAGGUUCUUUAAAAUUAGACUUAACUACACUUAGUUUCACAUUUAGAUGGCAUUUAGAGAGAUAUCUGGAUUUAAAACUUGACUUUUGACCUUGUAUGUAUAAAAUGUUUAGAUUUUUGUAAUGGAAAUAUUUAAUUCAAGGUCAAAAAGGAGAUUUGUUGUUGUUAUCAUUUACCAUUCCCUAACUCUUGCUUUAUUAUGCACAGGUUUCUGCAAAGUGUUUACAUUGGUGUUGUCAUCACUUGCAAAAUGUAUGAAUUAUGUACAUAUACUCAGACGUAGACUCAUCAAAAGGUCUUUUUCACUCUUUAAUUUAAGGCGACAUAAUAAAAAUAAGGGCGAUCAGUUUUAGUCUGUAAGUUUCAGGCUGUUUCCUCGUUUUUAAUGUGUCUAAAUUAUUCGUCAUCCUCACUGACCUCGCCUCGAACUGUUGCUGUCACCUGUGUGUCGGUUUGUGAAAUAUUCAACAUGUAUUGAUGUUUUUGCUCUGAAUUAGAGAUGGAUUGUGAAGAUGUUCACCUUUGAUAUCCUGCAGGAGUCCAUCUCUGAUGAAACACGUGUCCUCCAGCCUUGAUUUUGGGACUGUUCUGAACGCUGGACUGAAGGUGAGAGGAAGUGUUAUCAGAGUCCAUCUUUUGUGCAACUUUAGCUUUUUGAUUUCCCUAAAUAUUUACUCCUCUUCUUUGUAGACAGCACUGGCUGAGGCGUCGCUGCCAGGGUUCAAGAAGGACUGUGUCAACAGAAACUCCAAGAGUCAGAUCCAGCAGAACAAAGCAACAAACAGGCACAGCGUCCAGUAAGAUAUGUUUAUUUUGAACCUUAAAACACGAUUAAAAGGACUGAUGUGCUGAAGCAGAUUCAAAUAACCUUGUAUUUUUUGUUUGUUUGUUUGUUUUUCUCGCAGGUCUCUUUUCUGUAGAAAUGAAGCUCUGAAUCCGACUGAGCCAGAAUCUCUAAUGGCAACAGGAAAAGCAGCCACUGAGACUGAAAAUGAGGAAGAAAACUUGUUUGACCUUGAGUAACAAAAGUAGAAGCUCAGACUUAAAACAAUUGAUCACAAAGAAGAAAUGUUUUCAGAUCCAUGAAAUGAACUCACAUUUUUUUGGAGCUGAAAUGUUUAUUUCACUUACUACUGAAAAAGAAAAAAUCUAAAUGUCCUAAAAACUUCAAACAUAUGUACGUCUUGUUUGAUACAUUAGAUGUUUUUGGAAAGAGAUAAACCAAAAGAGGACAUUUUUAUCAUUUCUCGGACUGUUUUUUUUUAAGUAAUUUGUUGAUCAUAUUGAUUUGA